UAUCAGUCUAUAGUUUUAGUUCAGUAGAAUCUUGCAUUCUUGCAUAUCAAUAAUGUAAUACCUGAGUCCCUUGAUAUCUGCCCUCAGCUUCACCUCAAGCAGAUAUCUCAGUCCUCAGGUAUUACAUUACUUAUACACACACCUCCAGACAGCCUUCUGGUCACUGCUAAAGCUGCAUAUACUAUAGAAGUACAUUAUAUGUUAUUGUGAUUAUAGUUCAAUGACAUCUCCAGUGUGGGUUGAUGAUAUUACAUGUACUGAAUCUGAGAGUUGUUUCAGUACUAAUUGUGUCAAUGAUGAUCAGUCAGAAGUAACAUCAGGACCUUGUGCUGGUCAUGCAAUGGACAUCAGUCUCUCAUGCACUUUUGUAUCAACUGAUGGUGACACUCUUUUGUCUGGUAAUGAAUUCAUUUGUCGUAUCCAUGGAGCUGAUGUUCUUGUUAUUGUCUUAUCUUCAGUAUUUGGAUUCUUUUUCUUGACAUGUCUCUGUGCACUGAUCACUUGUAUUGUUUGUUGUUAUACUGUCAGAACCUGUCCUUUAUAUGCCUACAAGCAGAAGAGGAAGUAUCAAGGACUGAUCUAACUUAUGAACAAGAAAUAUUGUCAGUGUAGCUUUGCUGCUAUUUUAUUAAUUAUUUUUAUUUCUUAUAUUCCAACAUCGUGUAAUUGAAAUUCAGUGGCUCAAUUACUGUA